CCAGGAAAUGACGUAGAAUACAGCCAGCCAGCAGAUCGCCGGUUUCCCGCGUGUGUAGUAUGUUGUGGUAGAGCCAACAUGGCGGCUCCUCUGGAGGUGAUAGUGAGCAGUGACUCCGGCUCUCAGCUGUGGAACAGCACCGUGUUCGACCUGCACAGCGGCUCCAGCUUGCUGUCCUACCGGGGAGGGAACAGCUCUGCCCGGACACUGACCGUCCUCGGCGGGCAGUACCUGCUGUCCGCCCAGCUGGGCAAGAACUUCAUCAACGUGUGGGAAAUCCAGAGGAAGGAUCAGCUGCAGCAGAAGAUCGUGUGUCCAGGUGUCGUCACCUCUCUGACAUCAUCGCCUAACGGACUCUUCCUCGCUGCCGCCAUCGCGGAGGCCAUUUACCUGUGGGAGGUGUCCACAGGUAAGCUGCUGUGUGUCCUCAGUCGUCAUUAUCAGGAUGUCACCUGUCUGAAGUUCACAGAUGACAGCAGCCAUUUUGUCUCUGGAGGAAAAGACAACCUGGCUCUGGUGUGGAGACUGUGCAGUGUGAUCCAGCUGGAUUUAAGCCACACCCCCGAGCCGCGUCACGUCCUGUCUCGUCACUCUCUACCAAUCACAGACCUGCACUGUGGCUUAAUGGGAGCGCAGGCCAGAGUGGCCACUGCCUCCUUAGACCAAACUGUCAAGGUGUGGGAGUUGUCCUCAGGCGAGCUGCUCCUGUCCAUCCUGUUUGAUGUGGAGAUCAUGUCUGUGACCUUUGACCCCUGCGAGUACUUCCUGUUCUGCGGAGGCAGCGACGGAAACGUCUUCCAGGUGUCUCUGUGCAGCCAGGGUCUCAGUCGGGACAAAUCCUUCCAGUCCGACAAUGACGGGAACCAGGUCUUCAAAGGACACAGGAACCUGGUGACAUGUCUCUCCAUGUCAAUGGACGGGACUCUCCUCCUCUCCGGGUCGCAUGAUGAGACGGUUCGUCUCUGGGACAUCCAAAGCAAACAGAGCAUCCGCUGCCUCACCCAUAAAGGUCCGGUGACGAACGCCGUCAUUAUGGCGGCUCCGGCCAACAUGUUCCUGCCUGACAGUCGCCCUGCCGUCCCUCUGCCGCGCUUCAGCCGCCACCUGCACGCCUCCGAGGGCGACAGCGGAGAGUCGGGGGAGGUGUGCGUUCGACUCGGCCUCUACGCGCAGGAGGAAGAGGAGACGUACCUGCAGAAAGCUGAUAGGCUGAACUCUUUGAUGAACGCCGUGACUGACAAGUCGGUGUUUGGUGAUGGCGAGAACACGAAGGUUCGAGUUGCGGAGCUGGAAGAGGAAGUCCAGACUCUGAAGAAAGUCAACAAAGAUCUGUACGACUUCUCCGCCCAGCUGCUCACCAAGCCCACAUGAACACACACAGACACACAGGUACACACUGAGAAACGCACACACAGUCACACAGAACCACACAAACAUGUAUACACAUGUGGACACACACACACACGUCUGUCACACUCUGAUGGUUUUUGCUGGUAAAAAAUAAAAGUCCUUUGUUUUUUGUAGUACUUCCUGUCUGCCGUGUGUUGAUGCUGACAUCCAUCAGUAACUGUAACUCACCACUAACUAACCAGAAUCUCCACCCACAUGCACCUUUGACCUUCGGCAAACUCCACAUAACCUCACUGUCUGAGUAAUCAGAUUACUCUGAUUAGUAAACCGAUCAGCUGUCAGAUGAGCCGUGUGUCAGAGAGGUCAAAGGUCGUCGUCCGGCUGAGCGUGAACGAGAGCCUUUUAUUCUGAAGGAGUCUGUUCUACAGAAGAAUUCUCAGCUUUUUGAGUCUUUGACCUCAAUUAAACCCAUCUGGCAGGAGGUCAAAGGUCAGACUGCUGAUCAGUUCUGCCUCUUCAUGAUGUUAAAUGACUUCUUGAAAAAGCUGGAGUAAAAGAAAGCGACGAGGCUCCAACGUUCGCGUGUCAGAUUAAAUCAGAACGAACGCCAUGGAAGGUUUUUAAAGGAAGUUUCAGUCUGCAGGUUCAGAGUGAGACCAGUUAAAGAAGAAGUCACCUCAGAAAUCCGAUCCAUUUAAAACCAAACAGUUCGACGUCUUCCCUACAAAAGUCCAGUUAC